AAACGGAAGAGGAAGAAAUCAAGAAAUUCAGAAAUUGUGAGUGAGUCUCUCCUCCGCCUGACACACCCCGUGACUGUGAGGGCGGGGAUCGCGGUCCUCGCUUUUUAUUCGGGAGAGGCAAGCGAAUAACGAAGGAAGGAAGCAUCGCGACUCACAUAUACUACUGUGCCUUAUUUUGCCUUCUCUUAGCAUGGGGGAGCAAAACCGUCCCGAGCAUGAUAUAGGGCUCGAAGGCGAGAAAGGCGCUGACAUGGAGAAGCGCUGCAAUUUCUGGCUCCCUAGGAAAAGCAGAUUCUGUGCAAACUCGCGCCUCAAAGAUUCCUUAUUCUGCGGCAAUCACAACUCAAGGUCCGAAGGCCAGUGGAUCCCGUGUCCCAUAGAUCCUUCCCACUCAGUACUUAAGCAAAACGUGGAAGGACAUGUUAAGCGAUGCCCGAUACUGAAACAAGUUCAAUCGCUGUCUCUCCAACCUUUUUAUCGAAAGGGCAUUAAUGCUGGCAAUGAAGAUGAAGAAACGUUAAGAGUUCGUGAUUCAAUAUUGCCGAAGACCGUCACGAUGCCUCUGGAUAACAUUUCUUCGGAAAUGAAGAGAGAUGUUGUUCAUAAUAUUAGUGUUCUUGAAUUCUCAAAUUUAAUUGGAAAGAUCGAAUCUGUUUAUGAAUCGUUCUCCAAGGAUAUUCAAGACUCGUAUCAGAUUUCAGAGGUUUGCAGUCGAUGGAUUAAAUGUGCAGGAGAGGAGAGGAAAUUGCCAUUUCAAGAGAAACAUGUAAUGCAACAGGCAUCUAUUCUGGGAAACCUGGAAAUUUUUGGUGUGCUAAGGAGUUCUCUAGGAAGGAAACCAUCCGAGUGCAAGGAGGAGGAGGAGGAGGAGGAUGGUGUCCCAGCGGUGAUUGAGUUUGGAGCCGGCAGAGGAUACUUGACGCAAAUGCUUGCAGAUUGUUAUGGAAUUAAAAAAGUUUUCCUAGUUGAGAGAAAGUCUUAUAAACUAAAGGCUGAUCGAUCCUUGCGACAGAAUGAGGGCUUGAUGUUAGAGCGUUUCAGAAUUGACAUUGAAGAUUUAGAUUUAAAUGCUGUUGAGUCUUUGGAAGGAGUUCCUUUUCUGGCGAUUGGUAAACAUCUAUGCGGGGCUGCAACAGACUUGGCUUUGAGAUGUUGCUUUCCCGAAAAAAAUGACCAGUGUGAUGCUAACAAGAACUUCGGAGGCUUGGCCAUCGCAACAUGUUGCCAUCAUCUUUGCCAGUGGAAACACUAUACAAAUAAGAAAUAUUUUUUGGACUUGGGGAUAACAAAGGAUCAAUUCCAUGCCAUCACAUGGUUUACCAGCUGGGCUGUAGAUGCUAAUCAUGGUUCAGAAAUUUCAGAUAUUACUGAUUGUGCUUCAAAUUUACUGUCAAUUGACAGAGAAAAUGGUGACCAGCACGCAAGCGGAGUUGAAAAAAUUCUUACCGACAUGAAACCAUCUGAAAGGGCAGCGCUGGGUUUUAAAUGCAAGCGGAUGAUUGACAUGGGGAGGUUGUUGUGGCUAAGGAAACGAGGCUUGGAUACGCAGCUUGUCAGAUAUGUUCCCUCAACCAUUUCUCCCGAGAAUUAUUUGCUAAUUGCCAAGCCUCAUAGUCGUAUGUGAUGUGUGUGUGUGGGUGUGUUAAAUUUAAAUUUUGGUAAGGACUCACCCCCUUUUUUUCUUUCACCAUUUUGUUGGGCUGAGAUUGAGACGUUUUCUGUGCUUUUCUUCGUUUCCCUUGUAUGCUGAAGUUAUACCAACGAUUGAGGAUGCCGAGCUUGAAUGAUAUUGCAACUCUUGAAUCAUUGUUUUUUCUGGUUGAA